GGUUGUAAGAAUAAAGCAGGUUUGAAACAAUACAGGAAUAAUGAUGUGUCUACAGUGUUAUAGACAGGUCUGUUCAAUAAGUGACUGUUGUUCACCUCUUACUUGAUGUAUAGGGUGUAGUAAUUCACCAGCUAUAGAGUGAGUUGUUGUUUAUGUGUCUUAGACUGCAGGGUGGGAGAUGCAACAAUGGCCUUGAGAACAGCAGGAAGUGUGUUGGUGGUCCUUCUCUUGUCUGUGGCAGAAACUACGGCAACAAAGUGUGGAGAAAAAAGCAGGGUUAUGGUGUCUUCCAACAACACAGAGAAGGGACAGGAGGUGAUACUGACCUGUAGCACCACCUGUACUCUGAGUGACAACCCCACCUACAUCUGGUACAUAAAAGGCCAACAUCUAGAUGAGAGCACCUCCCAACAUUACUCUGUCAAGAUAUACUAUUCAGACAGCUACUCCUGUGCUGUUAAAGGCUAUGAAGCUCUCCGAUCUCCUGCAGUGUGUGUUCUGGGUCAGAACUGUUUCAACGUGACUGACACCCAUCAGAGUGUCUGUGCUGUGAAGGGCUCAACAGUGGAACUGCCCUGCACAUAUCAACAUCCAAGUAAUCAUGUAGUCUCAGAACCAAACUGGUAUAUCCAAGAGAAAUAUAAUGAGGCGCCUAAAAUCCUGAGCUCGGUGCCAGAGUAUGCAGGUCGUGCUGAGUACCUUGGGACUAAAGAGAAAGACUGCACCCUGAGAAUCACAGACCUGAGAGAGAGAGAUUCAGCUGAGUACAAGUUCAGAUUUAAAACACAGUAUGCAGAAUGGGGGUACAGCUUCCCUGGAACAACUCUGACUGUCACAGGUCUGCAGGUGAAGGUGACUCCUGCCACAGAGAAAGGGAAUCUGACACUGACCUGUAGCACCACCUGUACUCUGACUGACGACCCCACAUACAUCUGGUACAAGAACGGACAACUUCUCACCAACCCAAACACCCAAGAUAACUACCUSWWCCUAGACCMAGUCAGCAGUGAGGAUGCAGGCAGAUACUCAUGUACAGUAGAAGGCUACAAUAAUCUCCAUUCUCCUGUAUUGUCUGUGGGGGAACAAUCAUCUUUGAAGGAAGCAGCUGUAGGAAUCAUAGUGGUGGUUCUGGUUCUCAUCCUCUGUCUCUCUGGCUUCAUGUGGUUCAGGAAGAAGCCGUCCAUAUCUACCUCUGACACAAGAGACAGGGUAGACACAGCAGAGAAUGGACAGGGAGACUCUAGUCCARUGUAUGACAACAUCUCAGGCAUGGCCAUGAMCCCUACUGCAKCACAGACAGCGGMCMCAUACGACCAGGAUGAUGUUCACUAUGCCAGUGUCCAYCACAAAAACCAGGAKGUGCCUCUGUACUUYACCGUCCAACUGCUUCAGCCACAGAAACAGGAUGAGGAUGUCCAGUACGCUGCUGUGAAAUUCAACCACCCCAGUGCUACUCAAUAGACUGUUUUUCAGUCAGAUUGAUAGUUGUUGAGGUGCCAGUAGAGAGUGCUGUGGUACAGUACACYGGAAACACCAGGUUUUMGUGUAGCUGGUGAGACAUACAGAAGUACAGAGAAACCACAGGCCUCUUAGUAUGGUCAAAUUAUGUUGCAUUUGUUUUAAAGUAUUUUAAUGGGGAUAUUUUCCAACAUUCCUUAUUUUAUAGUAAGUGUGCUCCAAAAAGAUGUUCACAUAUUGUUUAUAAGCCAUUUACUGACGUGUUGGUUGUCAGGAAGAAGCAUCAUGAGGACAGGAAGCCAGCUGUGCAUCAACAUCUUCGCCCCUCUACAUCUAGUUGGUCAGCCACAGAACUCACACUCUGUUUCACAUGGCCAGUAAGGUCACCUACUAAACUCCUCUCUUCACUCUGUAAUACUCUUGAUAAUAGCUCAUACCUUAUUAUUCUACUACUUCUUGGUGAUUUGUUUUGUAGAACGAAUGUUUGCAUGUAAAUCUCAUUGUAACAUAUUUUGUUUAGCAUUUAUUUUACCAUAUUUGUUUUUUUCUAGCAUAUAAUGCAAAAAAUAAAGUAUUUAUGUUAUUUGCCCAGAACAGCUUAAUUCCAAUACCAGGUGUAAUCUAUUCUGCAAUUGUAACUAUCUUGCUCCUCUCCUUUGCUAUUCAAUCUUUAGUCAUCUACAUGUUAACUGGGGCACAGAUCUCUAGGCCGAUGUGACAUCAUUAGUUAUCUUGCAUCAAGCCUUUUGGGGUUUUAGUCCCUUGUAUAGUUAUUAUUAUUAAUAAUAAUAAUAUAAGUUGACUGAGUUAUGCAUGUUAAUGUCUUGAAGUAGCUUUCUAGUGUUUCCAGAUUUCUAUCAAAUAUGCGCU